AUGAAUUUGUCAACGGAAUCAAGUGACGAUGAAUCGUCUCAAUCGUCUUCUAUUAUAUCGACUACAGUUUUCAUAGCAUUUGGAUUAUGCGGUAUAAUCGACAAUGGACUCGUUCUGGUUGUCGUCGGUUACAGUAAAGAUCUUCGGAAUGCAACAAACUUGCUGAUCGCCAACCAAUCCUUGAUCGACCUGAUGACAUCGGUUUUUCUGCUUGCGCUCAACCUCGCACCCGGCUUCCUUACCGUAUCUCAACCUGUGCUAAUCAACAGGUUCAUCUGUGGUUUUUGGAUGACUUGGUAUCCCUUUUGGAUGACCGUAACCGCCAGCUCAGUCAACUUGGUGGUGAUAACAUUCGAACGAUUCUAUGCCAUCGCUUAUCCUGUACGUUACCGUCAAGGAAUGAACAUAAAACGAGUGGCAUCGUUGUCUGUGAUUCCUUGGGUAUAUGGGAUUUCGUUCAGCAUUUUCUUUUUAUUCUUGACAAGAAUCGACGGACAGGUAUGCUUGACCUAUGUGUGGCCUAAUAUGAAGUUGAAGCAAGUUAUUGGGGUGUUGAUAUUCAGUAUUCAGUUCCUGGGUCUCAUCUGCAUUAUCAGCAUCCUUUACAUCUUGAUCGCUGUUCAUCUUCGUCGUGGUCUACGCGGACAGACCGAUGCUGUUAACCUGCGGGAACGCGCUCGAAGGAAUGUCCUGGAAACUCUUCUCAUUGUAUUCGUCUGCUACAUAGUCUGCUGGGCACCCAAUGACAUCUAUGUCUUGAACUACUCUCUCAAGGAACAUGUCCAAUUAGAAGGCAUCCUUUACGACGUCACCGUUCUGCUGGCCUUUUCCAAUGCCUGGAUAAAUCCCAUCAUCUAUUCCUUUCGAUAUGUCAAGUUUCAGAGAGCAUGGAAGAAGAUGUUUUGCUGCAGAGGCACAGAGAAACAGGACCAAUCAAACGUGUUUUCAUGUAACCUUGCUAACAAGAACCCGAACAGAGUCAGGGAAGCACCCACAGGGAGAGGGUCUGAGACAGAGAUAAAAUAA